CACGAACAAAAUCAUCUUCUCACUAAUCCAUCUUUAACCCUUAAGCUUUCAGUCGAUUGAAACACUUUUAAGAAAAAGCACGGUCCUAAAGAAUUUUUUUAAUUCUUAAUUAUUUCCUCGGAAUAUUUUUCUAUUUUUUUUAAUAAGUCGAUCUUUUGAAAUGAAUUAUCAUUUUAAUAGUUGACAAAUGUGAUGAUCAAUAAUUUUAGAAACAGAAUGUGCAAUGAUGUGUGAUAAUUAGUGAAUUGACAUUUAAUUAACGAUUAUCAUAAUUUAUAUAUAUAAUGAAGAACGAAACGGAUACGGUAUCGUCCCUUCAGCAUCAAAUUUCAACAUCAUCAACUGGAAUUCAUCAUCAUCAUUUACAUAGAAAUAGUAUAACGUCAAUGAUGUCACCAUUAUCACAAUCACAAACAAUGGAUUCACUAUUGUCGAAUAAUGAUUCACCAAGAAAAGCUGGUACAAGACGUCAAGAGAAACCACCUUAUUCGUAUAUAGCAUUAAUAGUAAUGGCCAUUCAAUCUAGUCCUGGAAAAAGACUAACCCUUUCGGAAAUUUAUACUUUUCUACAACAGCGAUUUGCCUUUUUUCGUGGUGCCUAUCAGGGUUGGAAAAAUUCAGUGAGACACAAUUUAAGUCUCAAUGAAUGUUUCAUUAAACUACCAAAAGGUUUAGGAAGACCUGGUAAAGGUCACUAUUGGACAAUAGAUCCAGCAAGUGAAUAUAUGUUCGAGGAGGGUAGUUUUCGUCGAAGACCACGUGGUUUUCGAAGAAAAUGUCAAGCCCUUAAGCCACAAUAUCAUUCUCAAUAUUUUCCCAAUACCACAGGAUCAGUGGUUGGUGUUCAGGGUUCUGGUUAUGAAAAUCUACCACCUGGCGUUGACUAUACAAAUAGUUAUCAAAAUCAAUAUCAAAAUUAUCCCGAAUGGUAUGGAUCGGCGGCAGCUAUUCCUUCCGAUUGGGGCUAUCCAGAGGCUACCUAUAAAAGUCCACCAAUUGCUGAAGUUACUUAUAAAACAACUGAAGUCACGUAUAAAACUGGUGAAACAUCACACUAUAGAAAUGGUGAAUUGACAUUUAAGAAUGAUGGGAAUUUUACUAGAGUUCAAGAUCAUAAUCAAUUGUAUAGACAAACCGAUAGUUUUCAACCAGUACUAAAGGAUCAUCAUUCACAUCAUCAACAACAGCAGCAGCAGCAGCAGCAACAACAACAUUUGUCACAACCACUUCAACAGGAUGUUGGAUUUAAGGUUGAAAAUGAACACGAUGGAUUGAUAACGUCUUAUAAAGCUGAUCCUGGUAAUUCGAGUCCUUUGAGUUCACAAAGUCAAAAUAAUAGCCAGGAUUAUUAUACAGGAUAUGCACUACCUGGAAAUGUUAAUUUAAAUACUACAAUUCAAAGUCUACCUAUUCAAUCUAGUUCAACGAGUCCCGUCGGAAAUGUCAAUUCCGUCCAUAUUGGAUGCCAUACGCCUGUUACGGAUCAAGGUCUGAGAAUGCAAUGUACAACUUCGUGUACAAAUAAUUCUGGUGGUGGUAUUGUAGAAAGAAAACCCUCUCAUCUUGGACAUCCUUCGUUAUCCACUUCUUUGGGGCACUUAGGAUUAAGUAAUAUAGGAUUAACUAUACCAGGCGCUGUUGCCUCUAAUUCCCACACAUCCACACCUCCCACAUCCAUGUUUUAUGAUCACGUAAAAUAUGCCAUGUAAAAUAAAAUAUUAUAAAUAUAGGAAAUUGACCAAAAAUUUCAUAUCUGUAAAUAUUUGAAUUGGUAAAAUUAAGUAAUUUUGAAUUAGCCACUGACCUAUAUAUACACUCAGAGAAAUGGUAUAUUUGUCUCCGAGCCUACUAACUCAUUUAUUUGUUGCAAAUAUAUUUCAUUUCAUUGAAAUAAAAAAUUUAUUUGAGCCAAAGAAAAAUUUAUUUCUGACAAAUAAAAUU